AUGGCAGCAAGAAAUCCAGGACCUUAUCUGAACCAAGUACCUCUAGGAUUUCCCAGUUACAAUAGAAGAGUGUUCAGGGAUAUAUUAUCAAGGCGCGCCUUUAUGGAAUCUGAAGUCAAUACACGGGUUUACAAAAAUAUUUUUGAAAACCUUGGUUUUAAGGGACAAAUAAAAGUUAACAAUAAGGUUGGAAUUAACAGAAUACGCAUGAGAUGCAUACAAGGCGGAUAUUCGAGGGGAAUUUAUAAAUUCACAAGGAUGGCAAAAAUGGCCUUUUUUCAAACAGCAAGAGAAGGGUGGUUAAAAAAAUAUGGUUAUAGACCUGACCUGUUCAGGUAA